GCCCGUUCUGCCAUCUCUCUUUUAUCACUCUUCUACUUUACCCCGUUGUCCGUCACACUCCGACGCUGCCAGAUACGAUCCUUCAAUCGAGUGUCCUUCACACACCUACAUACUUUUGUAUAUUUCCAUCUCUCUUCCUCAUCAUAAUGUAUAAUAAUGUUUUUUCCCAAGGUGUAUACGGGUUAGUCAGUGGUAUUUCAGAAGACCACUUCUAGUUGCUGAACACGUGGUCGGCGCGCGAAACUAUUAUGUGGUCCCUUAUUGGACCACGUCUGCAUAACGAGCUACCUUAAAUACUGUUUUGGCGCAAAUUGUGACACUGUGUUAUUUUUUUGUGACGUACUAGUGAUUACAAUAGAAAAUAUUAUAAAAUCGUCAUUUGCACUGUUGCAAGGUUUUAAAUCGAUAUGCGACAUCUUACGAAGAUAUAGUGUCGACAAAGAACAGAUUUAUGUAUAUCCGUGUAGCAUCCAUAACAUACUCAAAGUAUUCCACUAGCUAUUUCCUAGCAAAAUAUUUUCUUGUAGCUACGACAGCGACUCAGUUUGCCCCUCGGGACCCUACAGGGUAAAAGUACAGACAUAACUCUCAACACUGUAGUAAAGUGUCACAGUAUAGCUGGAAGUCGGGGUGAGCCCUAAACUACCCUAAAUGAGAACGAAUACGAAAAAACUUUCAGGAACCUUAUAGUCCAGUUACAAACACAUCUGUGCUCAUCCAAUUCUAAGGAGGUUGGAUGACGAAAUGUGCAAUGUUUUCUAGUAGGCGAGAUGAGUGUAAGGCGUUCCCUCGAGAUAAAAGAGACUCAACAUCAUAUGUGAGUGAUCAGUGGCGAUAUCUAUCCAAAUAGACAACAAACGUCAUCCUCGCAACCCCGUCAAUUGCUUCAUGGAGUGUCAGCCGGUAUCAUGCGGCGAGUUUAUAAAGCAGCAAGUAGAGAGAGCGUCGAUGAAGAAUAUUCUACUUGCGAUGUUUGUCCUUCAAAUCGUUUUUAAAAUGGGAAAAAAAUUGAGGCUAUAGUUUUUUUACGUCCACAGCACAAGAAGGAAGCACAAGUCCUAUUUUUACAUUUAGCAGACAUCUUUAUUUCUUUAACUGAUUAAUUAAAUUUGUUAAUGCCACAAUCUUCAAAAAGGUAUGAGCCUUUUUGUUUCUUUUUGAUUUGAAAAAAGAGUUUAUUUGAGUAAUUAUGAUUCGUUUGUUUUACAAACCUUAAAAAAUCCGUGGCAAUUAUUUAACGUUUAAUUUUGUUGAUGUACGAGUACCAAAAAUGAUCUCCAAU